GUGUAUUUAUACGGCAAUGAGACAGAGAUUAUCUGCUUCGAAAUUGUGACUUCUGUAUAGAAAGCAAUAUGAAAUUCCUUUUCCCAUUUUGCCUUGUCAUUUUGUUCGGCGCUGUCUGCUCUUUCAAGUUCACUAAACCUGACUGCCGUGGUAAUACAACGUUUGGCGGGUACAACAACUGCCGAUUGAGAUGCGACAACUUGAACAAUCCACCUCGAUUUUGUCCUCAGUUCUUAUUGGAGGGAUGCACCUGUAAAACAGGAUACAUUCCUGUUGAUAAAAGCUAUAAUCCAUUGAAGUGUGUAAAAAGAGAAGAUUGUCCAAAAUAAAAAUUUAAAAAAAUUGUAAAAUUCCUUUGGAUGUUCUAUAAUUUCCAACAUUUAGAAAUUAUACUGCUAUUUCUCCAUCAAGUCACAUAUAUAUUUAUCAGAGCUCUAAGCCUGCGGUGGUUUUGAAUGUAAAUAAAAAAGUUU